AUGCAAAUACUGACUGUCAAAACAAAAGCUCAGAAAGCAGAAGCUGAGAGAAUGUUUUGUUCCCUUGGCUGGAAAAUGUCAGAGCUCUCCGACUCUGUACAUAAGAAACGCAUAGAACUCCAAGGGUUAAUGAGAGUAAAAGCUCUUAAGGAGAUUCUGGAGCCUCAAUUGGUGACUAACCUCUUUAUAACUCUAUGCAGAUGCCUUUAUUGGAACAAUGGACAACUCUUGAAGAAGAAUACUCAACCUCACUAUCAAUCUGAAGCUCUAUUAAAUGCGUCUUUGCGGCUCCCUCUAGAUGUCGAUAUCAAGGUUGAGACGAAAGAAUUAGGACAAGUACUUGCUCUCGCUUCAAACUCCAUGGAAGGCAUUGUGCAAAACAUUGGACAGUUUUUGCCUAAGAGAUUUGAGAGUUUGUUGUCGGAACUAGCAAGAGUAAGCAGCAGAGUAAAAGUAGCAGCAGAAGACUGUGGAGUUGCACUGCUUAAGACACAUUCAUCACAUGCUGAAUAUUGCUAUCUUAGAAGUCAGCUUAUACCGCACCACAAGCCGUGUGUAUAA